UCGAGCAAGUGUUUUUUUUUCUGACUCUGAUGUGAAUUUAGUUUCAGUGUAAAACAUACAACAUGCAACAUCGAUUCGUUUACAUUUUCGUUCUUGUCCUCGUGAUUAGCUCCGCUAUUGGCAGAGUCUAUUAUGUCGACAAUUCGAAUAGUAUUCCUGUAAAUGAACCCAUCAAUCCCUACGGGGAAAAUGUUGAACAAUCGUCACGCGAUUUGGAUUUGAGUUUUUCGGCUGGGGAUUUUGCUGAUGGUUUGGAAAAUUCACGACCAGUUGUUAAAAAGGUUUACGCUUACGGCAUUCCUGAAUUAAGGCAGUUUGUUGACUACAAUAAGGACAUUGAAAGGCCCAGUGCUUACUAUAGAAUAUCCGAAGUACCACCAACAAGAAAAUCGUCGGGAUGGGGUGAAAUGUUCCUCGUUCCUGAAAGGAAUCGGAAGCUCGUCAAACUCAACAAUGGCCAUAAGGGAGAAGUGCUUCUGGAGCUUCGUGUUACUGCCAACAACGACGGCGUCUAAUAUAAUAUAUAUGUAUAUAUAUACAUUCAUCAACUCAAAAACAGUCUAUCCUAAUAGCUUCGUUUUAUUUCCCAUCGCCCCUUCCAAUAUUGAUAUAUAUAAUAUUUCAAGACA